CUGAGUAUUGAACAGGCCCAGGCUGUAGCGGAGCAGGUUGAGAUGAAAGCGAAAGUAGUACAGUCUGAAGUGAAAGCAGUGACUACUAGACAUAAGAAGGCCUGGGAGUGCGAGCUGCUCUGGAAGGUGGAAAAGAUUCGUCAAGUCAAGGCGAAGUCACUCUACUUGCAGGUUGAAAAGUUACGUCAGAACCUAAAUAAGCUGGACAACACCAUUAGUGCUGUGCAGCAGGUCCUGGAGGAGGGUCGUACCAUGGAUAUUCUUCUGGCUCGGGACCGCAUGCUGGCUCAGGUGCAGGAGCUGAAGAACGUAAGAGGCUUUCUCCAGCCGCAGGAAGAUGACAGGAUCAUGUUCACCCCCCCUGACCAGGCAUUGUACAUGGCCAUUAAAUCAAUGGGCUUCGUCAGCAGCGGGGCGUUUGCUCCUCUGACCAAAGCCACCGGGGAAGGCCUCAAGCGUGCGCUGCAGGGCAAAGUGGCCUCUUUCACGGUGGUAGGCUACGACCACGAUGGUGAGCCUCGCCUUUCAGGAGGUGACAUGAUCUCUGCGGUGGUGAUGGGCCCAGAUGGAAACCUUUUUGGGGCAGAUGUCAGCGAUCAGCAGAAUGGGACCUACCUGGUCAGCUACCGUCCGCAGCUAGAGGGAGAGCACCUGGUAUCCGUGAUGAUGUGCAACCAACACAUUGAGAACAGCCCCUUCAAAGUUGUGGUGAAAUCCGGGCGCAGCUACAUUGGCAUCGGGCUGCCAGGGCUCUCCUUUGGCAGCGAGGGAGACAGCGAUGGCAAACUCUGCCGGCCCUGGGGCGUUAGUGUAGAUAAAGAGGGCUACAUCAUUGUUGCUGACCGUAGUAAUAACCGCAUCCAGGUGUUCAAACCAUGCGGGACCUUCCACCACAAGUUUGGCACACUGGGCUCCCGGCCGGGCCAGUUCGAUCGCCCCGCUGGCGUGGCCUGUGACAUCUCACGUAGGAUCGUCGUGGCUGACAAGGACAAUCAUCGCAUCCAGAUCUUCACGUUUGAGGGGCAGUUCAUUCUGAAGUUUGGGGAGAAAGGAACAAAGAACGGGCAAUUCAAUUACCCAUGGGAUGUGGCUGUCAACGCCGAGGGCAAGAUCCUGGUCUCCGACACGCGCAACCAUCGCGUUCAGCUGUUUGGGCCUGAUGGCGUGUUUCUCAACAAGUAUGGUUUUGAAGGGGCACUCUGGAAGCACUUUGAUUCCCCCCGAGGUGUGACUUUCAAUCACGAGGGCCACUUGGUAGUGACAGACUUCAACAACCAUCGCCUUUUGGUCAUCCACCCCGACUGCCAGUCGGCACGCUUUCUGGGCUCGGAGGGCACUGGCAACGGGCAGUUCCUGCGCCCGCAGGGGGUGGCCGUGGAUCAAGAGGGGCGCAUCAUCGUGGCUGAUUCCAGGAACCACCGGGUGCAGAUAUUCGAGUCAAAUGGUAGCUUUUUAUGCAAGUUUGGCACUCAGGGAAGCGGAUUUGGUCAGAUGGACCGUCCUUCAGGUAUAGCCGUCACUCCUGACGGCAUGAUUGUCGUGGUCGACUUUGGAAACAAUCGAAUUCUCGUCUUCUAAUCCGUGUUUGAAUUAGGAAGAAACUUUCUCAGGGAAAUUCUUCUAAGAGAAAA